UUUUUCAUUUCCAUUUUACACUUGCUUAUCAAAUUUUAUUCUCAUAUCAUGCCUUCAGUGACUUCAAAAAGAAUUAAAAAUAUCUCAAUCUCUCGUCCUAUAUUAUAUGGCAACACAGCCAUCCCCUUCACAAGCCUAGAUACUAAAAAACCUCCAAACGUUCCCGAAAACCACACACAUCAAUGGACUGUCUUUGUAUCUGAUCCAACAAAAAAUCUAAAUCCUCUAAGCAAUCUAAUCAAAAAAGUCCAGUUCAAACUACACGAAACCAUCCCAAACUCCCUAAGAACAAUCGAAUCUCCUCCCUUUCAAAUAACUGAAACAGGCUGGGGUGAAUUUGAAAUUAUCAUCAAAAUCUUCUUUAUCCAAGACUCAAACGAAAAAUACUUAACCCUAUACCACCAUCUAAUCCUACACCCUUACGACAACUCAAAUCUAAACUCUCUAAUAAACAACAAAUCAUUCAUAAACAAAUCAAAUCCAAGUGAAAUCGUCUCCGUCAACUACGACGAAAUCAUCUUCAAUGAACCAAAUGAAUCCUUUUUCAAAAUCCUAGUCAACCAACCGGGCUCAAUCCUACACAAAAACAAAUCUGACUACAAAUAUCUCUACAGUGAAGAAUUGGAAAACGAAGAAAUCUUUAGACUACAAAACGCCACCAAAACAGUUCAAGACCAAAUCCUUAAAAUUAAAGAAAAAAUUAAAUCCCUAGAAUCAGAAAAAUCAAAUCUACUCUCCAAUUAAUUUCCUCUGCACGUUACAAGCCCCGCUAUUCCAAAUAUAAUCCACUUAUAUAUACUUGUACUUUUUUAUGUUAUAAUACAUAGGAUCAAACCGCUACUAACUGCCACUUUCUUUUGAACCCUAUACUUGAUAUAUCCUACACCAAGUGAGGAACUAUCUCACUUAUAUCCCCUUAUUUCUCUGAUGGCACUUGCAAGCGAAUCCUUCACCUGGUUUUUGGUUAAUUUAUUUUUUUGACACCUACUUUAGUGCUGAUAUUAAAUUACUGCCCUUCAACCACUUUAUUUUGGUCAAAAUACAAUGAAAUAAUUUUACUGUAAUAAUAUGCAGAAAGUUGUUAUUUCUGUGCAUAUUCUGUCAUAUCCAUCAAUAUGGGUAUAUAUCAAUACUAGUCCGUUUACAUCCGCAUAACCAUUGUACAUUCAUAUUAUGUAAUAUCAUGAGUAUUAUUGUUUC